CUAUAUUUUAGCUUGCCCUAUUGGUUGUGCUGAUAGCAAUGUUUUGAAUAUUUUAGCUUGCCCUAUUGGUUGUGCAGAUCGUCAAUGUUUUAGUACCGGAUGUAUAAAAUGCCAACCAGGUUAUUGUAGAGCUUAUCAUCAUCAUCAUCAUCAUCAUCAUAAUCAUCAUAAUCAUGUAGAGACAGCAAUUGUAGUUAUUAUGUAUUAUAUUUCAGCAUGUAAAGACAGCAACUGUAAGAGAUGUUCCAGUGCCAACAACUGCCAAGAAUGUAAAUAUAGAUAUGAAUUAGAAAACGGAGAAUGUAGACGUAAACUGUUUGGAUAG